AAUCGCGGGUAGUUGUGGCUAGAAGGGAUGCAAAAUCUCGCCAUUAAAUUACAAUAAAUGACAUUAGCUAACACCUACCCUAAACCUAACCUUACAAUAAUAAAAAAUAGCAAUUAACUGUUGUCGGCGUUACUAAAAUGAUGCUGUAUUGAAGUGCGCAUGCCCAUUGGAGGUAGCUGUAUCCUUUUAGCCACAACCGGUGUUCUGUCGAAUUGUCCUACCCUGUCAGAUUUUCCUACCGCAGGGCAAAUUUUAAUAUAAUCUAAAACACAUCGACAAAAUAAACAGGUAGGAUGAUUUUACAAUGCAAAAUACCCUGUCAGAUAGUCCAACCAUCUAAAAAUAAACACAUAAAAUAAAUUUACAGCGUAAAUACCCUGUGAGAUCCUACCAGCAUAAAAGAAAGUAACGUUAGGAUUAAUUUACAGCGCAAUACCCUAUCAAAUUGUACUACCAGUAUUAAAUAAAUAUGUAGAAUUAGAUUCCCGUAGCAGUAUAAACUUAACAGGUAGGAUGAUUUUAUAGCGCAAAAAAAUGACAUGAGAAUCUGACGGGUAGGAUGAUAUUUCGGGACACCUGCUAGUCGGCUCUCCUUUUCUGAUUUAACAACUCUUGUAGAGACUCGAUUCAUUCGAGCGAAUUGUUUGUUUUACGUUAAAUUGCGGUUUAUUUUCAUCAGAUUAGAAAGAUUUUGCACCAAAUGCUCUGUUUACUGCUGCAGCAUCAUUUCUAAACCAUGGUCAGUCGUAGGCCGAUGUGACGUCACUGGAUGUCUGCCAGUCAGUACUGGAGCUGUCUAUCAAUAUUAAAGCCAUGUGGGUGGUUUGUUAACGCUUCUUAACAUUAUAUGACAUUCGCGUUUAAAGCAUUAAGAUAGAGAGUCGUUACAAAUGUCGCCCACAAGCUUUUUCAAGUAUUUUGCCUACGGCAGUAAUUUACUGAAAGAAAGACUCCAGCUUAACAACCCGUCAGCUGUGUUUCACUGCAUCGGCAAAAUCAAGGACUACAGACUGAAUUUCGGGCUUUGGGGGGACACCACAGACUGCACCUGGCACGGUGGAGUGGCCACAAUAGAGGAGAGUGACGGAGAGGAGGUGUGGGGGGUCGUGUGGCGGUUAGAUAAUGAAAACCUGUCCACUUUAGACAAACAGGAACAGGUGCAUGAGGGCAUGUACAGCCCUUCACAGGUGAUGGUGGAAACAGACGAGGGGCCGAUUCUCUGCCGCACGUAUAAGAUGAACAAUUUUAGGCCAUGUCUACCUUCACCACAGUACAAAAAGGUCGUGUGUUUGGGGGCUCAACAGAACAGCCUGCCUCAAAACUACAUACAGAAGCUUCUGGAUCAGGAGACAAAUGACUACAGCGGUACAUCAGUACUGGAUCAGAUCACCAGCAUGGAGAAAUGACCUGCAACUGAUCUUAACAAAAUAUACUAUGAACAUACACACAUCUCUUGACAGAAUCAGUGGAGCUUAAAGAAGGUUUAUGGGCCGUUUGAGACAAGCAUGUCUAACUAACUCACAACACCAAGAUUAUGCAAAAUUAAAUCUAUAGUUUCGGAAGAUCUUUCUGCCCGUCUGUACAAUUCAAUCUGACACUUAUGGUUGUGUAGGCCUUUGCAAUCACAAAAUUUCAACCUCAAAACAUUUUUACUUUAAGGCAAUUCUUCAUCAAAAACAGUCAACAUUAAAGUUUGAGAACACCACCGGCUGUUUCUUUUCUACCCUUGUUAAAAACGAAAAGCAACAAACUGAGCACUGCGUUUGGGUAAAAGCCCAAUUCAUCCUAGGUUUAAUUCGACCUUCAGCUCAUAUUUAUUUAUUUUAUAGCGCUUUCCACAAUUUGCAUUGUGGCAAAGCAGCAACACACUCGUUAAAUAAAAGUCCGUCGUUAAAUAAAAACAUGCAUUUUAAUGGGUUUUUAAUGUUUUGAGAUAUGGAUUAAACAGAAGAGACACACAUUCCUUGUUCUACAUUAUAUUAGUCUGUUAAAUUCUGGACCCACUUGACUGUAUGUGAAGCACGCCACAAAAAUACUGUCCUUUUCAUUGUUAUUCAUCAUUUUUCUUUAUAUUUUACCUUAAUAUUUAAAUAUUCUGAUAAAGGUUCAGAUUUAAAAAUUUUACUUUCCAAGUACAAAACACAAGCAAGAAACAGCAUUUUCAAGUUUGUAUUUGCUUGCUGCUGCUUGUAGCUAUGAAUGAGUUUGAAAUACACAGUCAUGAAAUGAAUUGACCUGAAUUUCCAAAGUAAAGAUUGUUUACCUGGUCAGCACUCUCAGUCUCAGUUCACAGGCUCUGCUGAUCUGAGAUAGCACACUGUUUUAAUAUUAAACCUUUAAAAUAUUUAAAUAAAAGGUUGAAUGGUUCCAUCGUUGCCUUUAGCAGGUGUGUUGAAUUAUAAUGUGUGAUCAGUGUUCGGUGAAUCUGUUGACGUCAUCCAUCAGCUGAACACGACAACAUCCAAAGGUACCAUGAUCUCUUGGAAAUCUAAAUCCUGCUAGCACUAGAAACACAAACAUUUAAACAACGUCAAAACAAAUUAAUUUUAAUUGCAUUAAAACUUGUUUUGUUUGUUUGACCAGCUCAACACUCAUCUGACUAUCUGUCUGACCAAUCCCACCCAACAAAAACUGGUUGAAAAGACGUCUUUACCAGACGUCUAAACAACGUUAAGAUUUGGUUGAAAAGUGAAAGGUGAAAAGUCGUCUUUUCCGGCCGUUGAAAAGACGUCUGUAAUAAGACGUUCCUCCACGUCUAAAUUUGGUUGAAAAGUCGUCUUUCUAUUACUUUUAUA